AUGCUCCUGAUCAGCUGGUGUCUGACUAACUGGAAACUUCUCACUGCCGCGUUCGUCGCGAUCGUGUUCUUCUUCGGCCGCGUAAAGGCUUUGCCGCAGAAGGACGCACCCUCGGCUAUGGAGCGACCAACGGCAAAGCCAGCCGAGGGCGGCAGCCCAGCACGUGGCCCAGCGCCGCUGCCGUCCACAGCUGCGCCGACGUCGAACGCACCAGCUGCCUCCCCCCCAGCAGCCAGUGACAGUGGAGGAGCCCUCGCUCAGGGGGAGACGGACAGCCCCAUCUUUGAGGAGAUCACGAGCCUCUUCGCUAGUCGAAACCCCAAGCACGCCUUGCAAGGGUUGUCGGACGGCCUUCGGAAUACUGCUACGGGCAUUGGGCUUGGCCUGGCCGGCGUCGUGGCUGGCACGUACGGUGGCGCCAAGGAGGGCGGGUGGGGUGGAAUGGCAAAGGGCUUUGGGGCCGGUAUGGCGGGCUUUGUUGGGUUGACUGGCUACGGCGCGUACGCUGGUGUGCGGCAGAUCGUGCGCGGCGUCAGCAACACCCGCAGCGCUGUGAGCGAGGUUAGCAAGGGUGAGGCAUACUGGGACAGCAACGCAGAGGCAUGGGUGCGGGUGAACCUCCCUAGAGACUUCGAGGGAUUGCCCCAGACAGACGAGGACUUGCUUAGCGAAGCCCGCAAGGCGUAUGAGAAGGCGGAGAAGGACGGCUCGCGGCCCACGAUGCCACCAACCAUGAUGCCGAGCGACUCGGCAGAGGGUGCGGAGGCUAGUCCAUCGCCGCAAGGGGCGGGCACGGGAAAGACGGAGCCGGUGGCAACAGAACCAGUCAACUACUACGCUUUCUUAGGUGUGGAGGCAACAGCCACACCGGGCGAGAUACGAAAGGCGUACACCCGCAAGGCACUGGAGAUGCACCCCGACAAGAACCCAAGUGACUCAAACGCCACCAUCAAAUUCCAGGAGCUGAACAAGAUCUACAACGUCCUCAGCCACGAGAACACUCGUGUGGCCUACGACCGGUACGGCACCGUCGACCCAGCGAACGUGCCGGAGAUGACGGGAAACCCGAUGAAGGAGUUGCUGGGGGCUACCUUCCUGGAGGCGCUGGUAGGGCCGCUGCACUUCUUCCUUGUCUUUGAGGGGAGGGUGCUCUUCACAGCAGAGAUGCAGCGCGAGCUGCACGCGCGUCGCCGUCUGCGGGUUGCAAAGGUCCUCCUCUCGUGGCUAGACAAUGGCGCAUCUGGUUUCGAGUCUGCCCACCUUGCGCUGCGCGACGCUGUCUCCACACCCCUCGGCCCUGUCUUUCUAUCGUACGUGGCGGAGGAGUAUCACCUGGCCUCACGCCAGCAGCUCUACGGCAACAGUUGGAAACGAGAGGUGGACAGCUGGUACUCCUCAUGGGCCAUGUCGGCGUCCUCGCUGUGGCACUGGACCACCAUAGGUGCGCGCACUGCUCGACGGGCCCUUGUAGACAAAAAUUUGGGCGAGGAGGACAUCCUGCGCGUGCUGGCGGUGGCCAAUGAGCGUGACGUACGGCAAAUUGUGCUUCAGGCGUGCCGGCUCGUACUGUUUGACAUGAGCGUGACUCCUGAGCAGCGCCUGGGGCGCGCGAUGCGCCUGGAGGAGCUGAGCGUGAUGGCGAUGGAGGAGGUAGCCAGGGAGGUGGCGUCGCGCGAGAGUGUGGCUACCAUCGCCACCUCGGAAACCGCUGCUGCAGCCGCGGCGAACGGGGCCACUACUCAGGCACCUGCCGAAACUUCCAACGCCACAGCCUCACCGCUCUCCUAA